AUGUUUACGAACGUCCAAGGCCGAAAGUCUAACAGAGUCGCUGAAGCGGAUAGGAUUACGGCUAUUAGUAAGGAAUGUAUGACAGACAAAAUAUGUUCGCACGUGGAGAUCCCAAUUUUAACAAGAUGUUGCUUCUGUUUGCCGUUGAGGAAAGGACUCAUCGCGUUUGCAUAUAGCAACUUGAUCCUAACAUUAGCGGUGACGUCGCUUCUGUCUAUGUACAUUUCUGCUGUCCGGAACGCGACCGUCGAAAUCCAAGACGGUUCAGAGUACCCUCGGCUCAUCGCUGACACAACUGCACUGGUGCUGGAGGUGGCUAUGACAGUCGUCUUUAUAGUCGCAUUACACAUGAAACACGUUUUGCUGAUGAAGAUCUACCUGUACUUUGAGAUAGUGUUCUCGCUCAUCGGGUUCGUUUAUAGUCUUGCCUUCCUCACCAAAGAAUCAGCUAGUGAACUUUUCCUGGUGUUAUUCCAGUUAAUGGUGCAGAUAUAUCUCGUCAUCCUCAUCUGGAGUACGAUAGUGAAAAUGCAACGUGACGGUGUUGUGAAGUACACGCGUGAACAGGGAACAGUCUGAAACAUUACACUACAUUUUUAACUAUAUUUGACAGAUACUUUUAGAGCGAUAGACUUUCUUUUGUUCCACUGUAACAAAACACCUAAUGCUAAAUGUUCAAAUUUUAUUUUAAUUAAUUUGGAACUUUAAGACUUAAACAAAGUAAUGUUUACUCUUUUUAUUAUGUUAAGAUUUUCGUUUGAACUUGUAAAAAUUUUAUGAUGAUAUUGACUUGAAUAU